AUGCAUUUACUAACAAAUGUCAACGCGAACAUGGUCUCAACCAAAAUAAUAUUCGCACUGUUACGCAAUCAUUACACACAUUUUCAUUUAGCUAUCCAAAUGAUAAGCCAAGAGAAAAUAGAUACAUUGGUCCGCGAAUGGGCCAGUGUUGACCCUAAUCCCAAUUCCCGACUUGAGAUUUUGUCGCUCCAGAAAGAUCAAAAGUAUGAUGUUUUACGCAAGAAACUCUAUCCUCGCAUAGCUUUUGGCACUGCGGGGCUUCGUUCGUCGAUGGAAUCAGGUUUUGCUCAUAUGAAUGAUGUAACCAUUUUACAGGCAUCACAAGGUUUGGUAGAGCACAUUGUGUCGCAUGGAGGCUCUUCCAUUGUGAUUGGAUAUGACCAUCGGCACCACUCACAAAGAUUCGCCGAAAUCACCGCUAGUGUAGCGCUUUUGCGGGGACUUCGGGUUUUUUACUUGGGCUCUGCUUCCAACUUGUCUGAUGAAAGCUUAGGAAGCUCGGAUGCGGGAAAAUCAGGGAAAGUAGAUCGUCUGUACGUUCAUACACCGAUGGUUCCAUUUGGAAUUAACUUCUACAAGGCAUCGGCGGGAGUGAUGGUUACGGCAUCGCAUAACCCGGCCAAAGAUAACGGCUACAAGGUUUAUUAUGGCAACGGCUGCCAGAUUAUUUCACCCCAGGAUAAAGAAAUUGCUCAGUGCAUAGAUGAAAAUCUUCAGCCAUGGUCAGAUCAAGUAUGGCGAGUACAAGAGAAUAUUGAGGCGGGAAUGAAAUCUGGAAAAUUGGUUUUGGUAAAGAAGGAGUUGUCUGCCCACUAUGUGGAACAAGUGGCAAAGAAAUUAGUACGGGAAAAGACCAUUUCCUACAAAUUUGUCUACACCCCGAUGCAUGGUGUGGGAUUGGAGAUAUUUCGCCAAGUCUGUAAUAUUUUCAAUGCUGAAUGUGAAACCGUGCCUGAACAGGAACACCCGGAUCCAGAUUUCCCCACGGUACGCUUCCCCAACCCAGAAGAGGCGGGUGCGCUUGAUUUAGCGAUUGAACAUGCAAAAAAAGUUGGCGCAAAAUUGGUAGUUGCCAGUGAUCCAGACGCAGACCGCUUCAGCGUUGCCGUAGAGAAAAAUGGCAAAUGGCGUCAGCUUACUGGGAAUGAGAUCGGUAUUUUGUUUGCCGUGUAUGUUGUGGAAGAGCUCACGCCCGAGACACAAUUGGCUAAAACAGUUCUUUUGAAUUCCACUGUAUCUUCUCAACUUUUGCGCUCCUUGGCAGAGAAAUCUGGAUGCUUAUUCCAAGAUACCUUGACUGGAUUCAAAUGGAUUGGAAAUAAGGCCCUCGACUUGAAAGCUCAAGGGUACCUUGUUCCCUUUGGCUAUGAGGAGGCGAUUGGAUACAUGUUUCCGCUUGUAAAUGAUAAGGAUGGCAUCUCCGCCGCAGCCAUGUGGCUCCAACUAUAUGAGAAGUGGUUUUCCUCUGGCAAAAGUGAUGCGAUAGACAAACUUGAGCAAAUCUACGCCCGUUACGGCUAUUUUAAAGAGUGCAAUGGCUACUACAAAGUGGAUGACGUGGAAAAGACCUCGUACAUUUUUGAUAAAAUCAUUCGGAGCUCCUAUGGCACGGACAGACACUACCCCGAGUUUUUAGGCGACUUCAAAGUGGCUGAGUGGAGAGACUUGACCAUUGGGUACGAAUCUUCCACUAAGGACAAUGUGCCUCUUUUGCCCACCGACCCCAGCUCCCAGAUGAUAACAGGUGUAUUGGAGAAAGCCAGUUCAGGCAAAGUGCGUUUUACUUGUCGAGGCUCUGGCACAGAGCCGAAGCUCAAGGUGUAUAUAGAGGGCACGUCAGAAAAAAGUGAAGAAGAAGCUCAAACACUAGCAAAAGAGUGCUGGACCACCUUGCGAGAACUUUGGUUCCGUCCAAAAGACAAUGGGCUUGUUGAAGUCGUAUGA